AUGCCGAACAUUGUGUAGUGCGCAUAGUACCUGUCAUUCAAUACAUAACAAUAAACACGGAAAGUGGAAACGCGGUUUUCAAUUUUAUUUAUCAUCUUCUAAACAGCGAUGAAUUUUGCCAAAAAUUUGCUUGGCAAAUAUGGAUGGAAAGAAGGAGAUGGUCUCGGUCGCGAUAAACAUGGAAUCACAAAGCCAUUGAAAGCGAACUAUAAAUUCGAUAAUGCUGGCCUGGGACACAAUCCAGCCGACGAUCUGAACAAUCACUGGUGGGAGAAUGUGUACAACCAAGCUGCAACGAAUUUAAAUGUUGAUAAAAACGACGCGAACGAGGUGAAGAUGGGACUGAACACCGAUCAGUCGGUUGAGAUAACAACGAAGAACUAUUCCGUCAAGAGUAAUCAAAAGAACGCCGAUUACGGUGGAUCGUUCCUGAAGAGUGCAACUCUGACGAACGAGGGCCAAGAAGUGGAAUUUGCACACAAGCGAGUCAUCAGUCCGGUUAUUAUGAAAAUUGUUUCCGACGAAGAACUAUUCAAGGCUUGUGGUGGUCGCACAGCGCACAAGGGUGCACGACAUGGUCUUAAACUUUCCGGCAAAUUGAAUCGAAUUGAGAAGCAGGAACAGGAACUAGUCGAGAAACUGCGAUCAUCAACACUGGAAGAUUCGUCACAGGUAUUCAAAGACUACGCAAACUCCAAAUCUCGCCAGAAUAAGAAGAAGCUGAAGCGGCUGAACGAGAAGAAGCCGAAAAAGUCCAGAAAAUCUUCGAAUAAAUCUGAAACCAUCACUUCCGCUGACAAUUCACCGGUGCCAUGCACAACCGAUACAGUCGAUCUGAACGAAACGCAGGAGGAUGAAAGUGUGAAGAAGUCUAAGAAAUCAAAGAAAUCGAGGAGGGAGUCGCCGGAUGAGCCACAGUCAAGUCGUAAAAAGUCUCGCAAAAAUAAAUUGUCAAUCGAAAAGCCGGACAAGCGCAGCAAACGGAAGCAUAAAAAGAAGCUGAAACAAUUGUCGAAGGAGAUGCGGGUGCCCGAUUCGCGCGAGGAAUUCCUGAAGAAAAUGGCCAUCGAAGAAUUGUCGAUUUCAUUUGAAUCGACUAAAAUGUCGAAAAAGAACCGCCGGAACAGCGAUCUGGAUUCGUUGCAUUCGUACCGCUGCAACGAUGACGAGAGUCAGUCGGAUAACGACAACCAGGUGGAGAAGAACAUUUCUAGUCAAUUGUCGAAAAAAUUGAGUAAAAUUAAGAACAAGAAGCAGAAAGUGAUCGUGGAGGAUUUAACCGAAUUCCAAAUCGAGCAUCUGCGGAACGCUCAGGUACCUUUCGUCGAAGUGAAGCAGUGUAGUCGUAGUAAACAACGAAAGAAUAAUGCGAAAUUCAGUAAACUGGCGGAUAAUUUAGUCAAUAAAAUGAGCAUUUUAUAGUGUCGCUGGACCGAUGUAUAAUGGCCUAACACUCAAAGAUCGA